AGAACUCACACAAGGUAUGUUUUUGUAUCGGAGAAAGUUUGAGUCUUAAAUCGAAAUUAAUCCAUUAUCUGUGUCUAUAUUUGUUCUUCAUGCAAGUAAAUGCUAAAUCCCCUCUUUUACAAAGGUGCAUUGUCGAGAACGACAGUAAUUUAGCACUAUUUAAGGCAGCAGAUUCUGCACGCAAUCCAUCAUAUUUAUGUUACUUCAGUGGAUGCAGUCAUUUUUGACUGCAAAUGAUGAGGUAAUUUGAUUAAAUGCACAGUUAAAAAUACAUGCUCGGUUUUUAAUAUUACUUUAAGGUAGAAACAGGAUUUAAGGUAAACAGGAUCUCUGUCUCAAAAUUGGAUGAGCUUUGGAAACAACAGUUUAAGACUGAUUUCCCUGAGAAUGCCCUGGAUGAAAUGGUAGGGAUGUCUAAAGAAGAUUUCAGUUCAUGGAUCUUGUGUCAGUUUAUAAAACUAAUAGAUGGUCAUUAUAUUAUUAGUUUGUCGCUGCCGAAUGAGGAUGUGGUCUUUCCAAACAACAGAACUGUUGCAGAACAACAGGCUUUGAACCUGCAAAGGAAAUUCAGGAAAGAUUCAACAUUUCAGGCAGAUUAUACUACUUUCAUGGAAGAUGUAAUUUCCAAAGGAUAUGCGGAAAAGGUACCUGUGGAGAAACUUGAGAGGGAGUAUCAUUGAAUGGACAACUACUUCAGGGACCAGAUCUAACAAACACUUUAAUAAGUGUCCUCACAGGAUUCAGAAUGGAGUCUGUCGCCUUAAUGGCUGACGUUGAAUCAAUGUUCUAUCAGGUAAAGGUUCCUGCAGCAGAUUCUGACCUUUUAAGGUUUCUGUGGUGGUCAAAAGGUGACUUGAGUAAGGACUUGGAGGAAUUCAGAAUGGUUGUACAUCUGUUUGGAGCUUCCUCAUCCCCAAGUUGUUCUAAUUAUGCACUCAGGAGAUGUGCAGAGGACCAUGGAGAUGUUUUUAAUUGUAUUACAGCAGAGGUCAUCCGAAAACACUUUUUUGUGGAUGAUUGUCUUACUUCAGUUCCCACAGAAUCUGAUGUGAUCCAACUAUAUAAGGAACUUCAUGCAAUGUGUGCUAAAGGUGAAUUUCAUCUGACCAAAUGGAUGAGCAACAGUCGUGGAGUGCUGAAUGUCAUACCAGAAGAAGAACGGGUGAAAGAAGUGAAAGAUCUUGACUUGAACCAUGAUGUGCUUCCAAUGGAAAGAGUACUGGGUUUACAGUGGUGUGCUGAAUCUGACACCUUCAGAUUUAAAGUAGUAAUCAAGGACAGACCUUUAACUAGAAGAGGAAUACUUUCUGUGAUCAGUGCUAUAUAUGAUCCUCUUCCAUUUUUGUCUCCAGUAGUUCUUUCUGCAAAGAUGAUUCUUCAAGAUCUUUGCAGGGAAAGGAUUGGAUGGGAUAGUGUUAUACCCAUCAAAUAUGUACAGAGAUGGAGAAAUUGGCUAGAAGAUCUUUACGGCUUGGAUAAAUGUGAGACAAAAAUAUGUUUGAAACCUGUAGAGUUUGGAGAGGUUACGUUGGCUCAGUUACACCACUUCUCUGCCAGUGAGGAAGGUUAUGGUGUUGUGUCCUACCUGCUUCUACAUAACAGUCAGAGCAUUGUACAUUUAGCUUUUUUGAUGGGUAAGGCUCGAGUAGCACCAGUGAAAUCUAUCAUCAUUACCCGCAUAGAACUUACAGCUGCCACUCUUGCCAGCCGAAUGGACAGGCUAUGGAAAAGCGAUCUAAGGAUGAAGCUACAAGAUUCAGUGUUUUGGUUGGACAGUACUGCUGUGUUGAAAUAUAUUCAAAAUGAAUCUUCCAGAUUUAAGUGUUUUGUUGCCAACAGAGUGUCGGAGAUCUUGAGAGCAUCUAGUGAAGCUCAGUGGAGGUAUAUAGGUUCUGCCAACAACCCUGCUGACUUUGCUUCAGGGGGGUUAAAGGAGCAGAUGUGGACAUUUGGCCCUCCUUUUCUUACUAGAUCACAGGAAGAGUGGCCAAACAACCCAAUCAAUUUGGAAAAGAGUUUUGUACAAGACGCAGAAAUCAAGCAAGAAGUUGUGGUUAACACACUACUGGUUCAAACUGAGGAGGGAGGCUUUGUGACGGUUUAUAGCACGACAUGGUCAAGUAUCGGAGUUGCGUUCAGAUAA